GCGGAUAUCACCGAAAGUAACCACCUUUCACAAAUGGCUGGAAUUAAGUUUGAUAAUAAGCAGAAAUGGAAAUCAGAACUAGCAAACGUUAGUUCAACCUAUCCAACAUACCUUAGUAAUUAUUGGCAUUUAAAGGCAACACCUAAAUAAUUUUAAGCUUCGAAAUUGAGCUCUGUUCUUGAUAUAUUUUCUAAUUCACCAUGAACUCCGACCAAUCGGAGAGUGACUUUGCGAGCAAGGUGCGCUUCCACCUCAGCAAGGACGAGUUGGAGCGGCAAAUGAGGAAAAUUCAUGACCAUGAGGAAUCCAAAGACGGAAAAAUGCGUCCAUCAGGAAGCGAAAACAGUGGUCAUAAUUGCAACGCGAGCUCGUCCACUAGUCUGCCACGGCUGGAGUCGUGGAUCUUCGAGAGCGUUGGGGGUUACUAUCUCGCCAACGAAAAUUUGGCCAAGAUGAGUUUGCCUCGUCAGGAACAGUUGCUAAUGAGGGAUCUAAUCUAUGCCUUCUCGGGUGUUCCCUCUGCAUAUGUAAGGCCUGAUAUUCAGAUCGAUCAGAUUUCCGAAAUGUCUUCAGUGGAUAUAGCCAAGGUUCGAUUCCGAUUGAAAAAGACCUUCACCGGUCCUUUUAGGGCUUUGGCCCAUGAAAUAUUGCCCCUGAUAGGUUACUAUAUUAGUGUACAAAGCUAUAUAGAGGAGACCAAUAUGUCGCCUAACUGCGGAAGAACACGACUGACCUUAGCCACUGCCUUAAGUGAUCAACUGGAGGACUAUUAUGAUCUACAGUCCAAAUUGGAAACGGAUUUGCAGGACAACAAGUUGGAUCUUAAGGAACUGGUGCGACAGGUGCGUCCUUGGUUGCCUAUUUUGAAGACUUUUUCCAACAUGACCUGCAGUGCCCGUGGUAAUCUGACCAGCGCCCAGGUACUAACAUUGCUGGACCAGUUCUACCGGGAUCUGAAGGACACUGAUGUGGAUCUAAAGGAGCGAGUGAACAAAAUUUUGACUUUAACUAGUCGCGUUUACAUGAAAAUCGCUCAGCUGUGGAUGCAAAAGGGCGUUCUAUUCGAUACGCAGCAUGAGUUUUUUGUGGAGGACACAGAGCCCUCGAGUACAAUGAGCAGUACUCUAUUGGCGCCGGAGAAAUGUUGCCACGCCUACUGGGCGGAACGGUACCGCCUUUUGCCAGACCGUUUGCCCGGCUUCUUGCUUUCCCAGGCGGAUGAAAUUUUUCUGGCCGGGAAGUAUCUAAACAUUUUGAGACAGUGCAAUGUUUCAUUAAAGCUGCUACAGCGGCCACUAUCUUAUAAUCAAGACGCUUUGGGGCAUGAGGAGAUCAUUAAAACGAGCUAUGAGUUGCCAGCACAGAAGUUUCUCAAGGUUUUGGUGGAGGAGCACAAUUUGCCUUUCCACAUUCGCAAUUUGAAGUCCUAUUUCCUGCUGCAGGAGGAAGGCUUCUCCGAGACUUUUCUGCACAAAUGCCAGGAGUACCUGAAGUACAAUGUGGACAGGUUGAUACCCGAGAAGCUCCAGACCCUUCUAGCAGAGACCCUGCAAAAGUCCAAUGACUACAUCAAGGAUAAUGUUCGCUGUCAGCUUAAGAAUUGCGAUGUAGCCACACAAUUGGGUAGGCAACAUAAAGCCAAGAGAGCUGAAGAAAAUGAAGAAGAGGAAAAGGAGAGCUGCAGCGAGCAGGAUCCUCCGGAGGCCCUGAAUCUCUACGGCUACGAGGCAUUAGCUCUUGGCUAUGAAACGAAAUGGCCACUAAGCUAUAUUAUCUACCCGGAGCUUCUAGAGCAAUUGCAGAUGUUGCAGCGUGUCCUGUUUUUUUUGCACUAUGUGAAACAUCAUUUGACAGUCCUUUGGCAAAGUCCUUCUGAAGGUAGGGGUCUCCAGCUCACCAAUCGAUCUGGAAAACUCCGCCACCGUAUGCUAAUGUGUAUGCUAAGUCUGGAAAACCACAUCAUGCAGGACAUCACCGAACCCCGAUGGCAAUCGUUGACCUUAACGGUGGACAAGGCCAAAUGUAUCGACGAGGUACUCAACAAAUUGGAGAGCACCGUAGAAGAAUGCCUGCGGCUGGGGCUGCUACCCACUGCCAACACCUUUGUGAAAUCUCUAUACACACUCGGUCAUGUGUGUCUCAACUUUAGUGACUUUGUGGAAUCCUCGAUAGGAGAAAAAAGUAUCAAAGAUCUCGAGCAGGAAGUGAUCGAGUACGAAGAGGAAUUCAACAGCUUUUUGUCCAGCAUUUUGGAGUUGGUUAGCCAGUUGGCUAAGACGAAAGACUGUGCAGAACGGGACUCCUGCAAACGAUUGCUCAAACGACUUGGGGAGUUCAUCGAGUUCUCCGAUUCGGAUAAGGCUGACGUUUCCACUAUUUAAUGAAGGGAUUUAAAACGUGUCCAACAGCUUCGCCAAAUCACCCGUGCUCUUUACUCUCCAUGCCCAUUAAACCAUAAUUAAUUUAGUCCUGUGUUUACUUAACUAUAUUAUAAGAGCGCUCUUGCUAAAUAAAAUUAACUCUUUCAUUUA